AUGAAAUUCGACGGCUACGGGCUCUGCUACUUCCUCGCCAUCAUCGUCAUCAUGAGGCCUUGGGUUGGUGCCGCGGCGGGAAUCGUAAUUGGGGUGGGAGCUGGUGUCGGGAUGAUCGCUGCGCUCCUAGCACUAUGGUAUAUACGGCGGAAGAAUCCUGCGCAACCUCAAGAUGUACCGACGCCAUAUGGGUACAAUGGUAUACCAUCCCCGGCAGUCCAGCCGAAUAAUAUGCAACCUCCCUGGACUUAUCCACCGCCGGGACAAUUGCCACCACAGGAAUUGGGGAAGACGGAGCCUGAGAGGAGGGAGUUGGUCUCGCGAGCUAAAUAG